GUUGUAGGUCUCUAUGACAACGGGUAUUAAACCUUUCAGGGCCGUAGAGGGACUGUUGCUCUGCAGACUACCAGGCAAUAUGCGGGCCAGUUAAAGGGAGUGAUAGUCACAAAGCGACCCGGCUGGAUGACUUCUUUCACCGCUCUAAUUCAACAGGAGUACUACGCAACAAGCUGCUUGUGAUAGAACCUGAUGGGUUACUCUCAUCUAUAUGGUAUGCUGGUAUAGUAAAGAUUAUGACUGAGGUGGUUUGCGCAAAGCCUCAGGAGGACUAUGAGGACGACUUUGAGAAAGACCUGGACUGGCUGAUUGGUGAGGAAAGUCGUGGUGAAGACCAUGGUCUCGACUUUGACGACUUGGAAGCAGAGAUUGACAAGGAACUGGAGGAGGAGGACAAACGGAAGGGAAAGAAAAGAAAACCCAAAAGCCGCAAGGAGAUGAGAGGCAAGAAAACACCGGAGCUGGAAGAAGAUGAAGAGCGCUGGCCCUCGCCUAUGGAGCCAUUAGAGUACGACCCAGACGGAGACAGCCCCAUAAGGUCGUCGCCUACAGCGCCCCCACCGGAUGACCAGACAGACGAGGAGAAGAAGUACAUUCUGGAGAAGAUCCAGCAGGCCAAUCGAGACCUGCACGACCAAGAAGCUCCAGACAUGGCGAGGCGCAGGCGGCUGCAUUUCAAAGAGACGCUGGUGGACCUGGUGGUGCCUCCGCGGCAAGACGGGAACUCUGCUGAGGUGGGAAGGCUACAAGGGAACCAGGAUUCAGAGGCCGAGGUUUUAGGGAAGCUUUCCGAGCUCAAGCUUUGCUCUCACGAGGAAAGCGUAGGACCUGGCAGGGCCGGAGGGGGGGCCAGCGAGGAGGGGGUGAAGGAGAGUAGAGUCCUGGUAGAGAAGGACGGUAAGUUUGAUUUGGUGAGUCUGAAAGAGGUGGAAAGUCAAGGACUCCUGCCUCCUCUGGCGAGGGACCACUCGUCCCAACGCCAUCAGCAGCCCACCGUGAGCACCUCCCCCAUCCAGCGAGGCAUGGAUCCCCUCCGGGCCCCCAAACCUCCCGCUCAGCCCAGGAACAGGCCCAGCUCGGCCAGCCACAGCCAGAGAGGCAACCAGGGGAGAGGCAGCAAGCGGCGGGUGCAGUCGGCCUCGGGGACACCCUGCCAGGCCACUUACAGCCUGUCCCCGCAGCAGAAAGACCUGCUGCACAGGAUCCACCAGAGGAAGGAGAAACUGGCCAGAGAGGAGGAGCAGCGCAAACGGCAGGAAGAGGAGCAGAAGAGGCAGGAAAAUGAGCUGGCGUUUAAGGCGUGGCUGCUGAGGAAGAGAGAGCAGUUACAGGGGGAGAAACGGCUCCAACGAGCCCAAGAGAUGGAGGAGAUGAGUGCUAAGCAGAAAGACGGCAGCGACUCGGAGGACUCCUUCCGCCUGUGGCUCCAGAGGAAGCAGGAGCAGCAGCAGAGAGAGCGGCAGCUGGCGGAGCUCAAGAGGAUGGAGGAGGAAGGUGGAGACCUCCUACGGAGCCGCGCCCAGUGUGAACGCGCCUUCAAAAGGUGGCUGAAGCAGAAACGGGCGGAGAAGCGGGCGCAGCAGCGCGCGGCUCGGGAGCGCGCGCGCAUGUUGGUGCUGGAGGAGCGACGCGCGCGACGCUUGAGGGAUCUGCUUUGUUCCGUCAAUGAAACCAGGCCGUUCCGGUUCUCCGAGGCGCUGACCUUCCGCUUCUGAACGAGCGCGUCAGGGACACGAGCGUCUUUAAAAAAGACGAAAAACCCGCCGAACGGGGGCCCACGUGGUUCAUUCGGUGUUUAGUUGUUGCUAUGGUUUUGGUUGAUCACGUGUCAAGUCGCAUUCAUAAAAAGUAACCGUUUACCUCAGUGUGAGGAAAAUGUAUUGAGUGAAGGAUUAUUUUAUUUUUAUUUGGAAAAUGCACUUUAGUUUAAAUGGAGCCUCUUCAGAAAGAAGCACGGCUGUGUGGCCUGAAUACACCAGCUGAAGCAUUUGGUACCAGGAGGUAACAUAACCAGGACAAAAUGAAUCAACUAAAAGUUACAUUAAGGGUGAUAUGGAGAAAAUCAAAUAUAUACGUAUUUUGACCUUAACCCCUCAAUAUCAAUAAUGCAAUGAUAUUUGGUGGGUUUCAUAAAUAAUCAUCAGUAAUAAAGAUGUUAUGAAGUAGGUAAUGGCAAAUAGAUGACAUCACUUUACUGUAAUGCAGCUUUUCAGACCCUAAAAGACAACCCUAAUGCCAGGUUACAUUUCCAAAAUCCUACAUAAUGUAUUGUCCCAUAUCAACAUGAAUACAUUAAUAAAAUGCCAUUACCAAAGUAUUUGAUCAGUUUCUUAAUUUUAUCGGCAUUGUAGUUUGAUAGAAAAUACAUUUCAUUAUACGGUACGAUCAAAAGUUUGGACAUUCAAUGAGAAAAUGUGUCCAAACCUUUGACUGGUACCGUAUGAAUACAUUCAAUAAAAAAGAAGUGCUAAAUGUAGAUGUGAAAUUUCCUGUUUUUAAUAGGCACGUACACAUACACUCUGGCAUGUUACAGCAUUUCAGAAUUAAAUAUCAGUGAAACAAAAGUGGCCAACCUCAUAACGUGAGAGGAUGACGUACU